CCCCUCGCUGCGACGAAAGAAGAAAGCAGUGCGACUCCCGGUUUACGCGAGGAGAAAACGCGUCUUAGGAAGCAGGACAUGGCAACGGCAGGACAUAGGUCUCCCACCAAAGUGGAGCAGAACUACGAUUGGUCUCUCACCGGAGUUCCACAGUUUGACUGCGACAGCAAAACAAGCAGUGUUGAAGACCAGAUGGCAGCACAAAAGGUCAUCGUGAACUAUGGUGAGAGACACUUCACGUGUGAGGAGUAUGGUUUCAGCACAGCUCAAAAUACUAACUUUUCUGUACAUAUGAGAACCCAUACAAGUGAGAAGCCCUGCAGGUGUGACCAGUGUGACUAUUCUGCUGCACGGGAAUCCACAUUAGAAGAGCAUGAAGUAAAACACAAUAGCGAGAAACCCUAUAUGUGUGGGGAUUGCGGUUACAAAACAACUCAAAAACGUUACUUAUCCCGACAUAUGAAGACUCAUACAGGAGAAAAACCAUACAUGUGUGGAGAGUGUGGGUACAGGGCAAGUCGAAAGUCUCACUUAUCUGACCAUAUGAGAAUCCAUACAGGUGAAAAACCCUACAAGUGUGACCAGUGCGACUAUUCUGCAAUACUUAAAUCCACUUUGGACCAACAUAUGGCAGCAAAACACACUGGUGAGAAACCCUACAUGUGUGGGGAGUGUGGGUACAGGACAGCUCAAAAGUCAAGGUUAUACCGACAUUUGAGAAUCCACACUAAAGAAAAACCUUACAAGUGUAACCAAUGUGACUAUUCUGCUUCAGUGGAAAAGAAACUAGACACGCAUUUUGCAGCAAAGCACACUGGGGAGAAGCCCUACAAGUGUGAUCAGUGUGACUAUUCUGCAGCACUGAAAGCCAAUUUGGACAGCCAUAUAGCAGCAAAACACACCGGUGAGAAACCCUACAUGUGUGGUGAGUGUGGAUAUAGGACAGUUCAAAAGUCAAAGUUAUCCAGACAUAUAAGAAUCCAUACAGGAGAGAAACCCUACAAAUGCGACCUGUGCGACUAUUCUGCAUCACAGAAAGCCCACAUUGAUCACCAUAUGGCAGCAAAACACAGUGGUGAGAAACCCUUCAUGUGUGGGGAGUGUGGGUUCAGGACAACUCACAAGUCUAACUUAUCUCACCAUAUGAGAACCCAUACAGGAGUAAAACAAUACAAGUGUGACCAGUGUGACUAUUCUGCAGCACAGAAAAUCCAUUUGGACUACCAUAUGGUAGCAAAACACAGUGGAGAGAAACCCUACAUGUGUGACGAGUGUGGGUACAGGACACUGCGAAAGUCCGACUUACCCCGACAUAUGAGGACCCAUACAGGUCAAAAACCAUACAAAUGUGACCACUGUGACUAUUCUGCAGCACGGAAGACCACUCUGGACAACCAUAUAGCAGCAAAACACACUGAUGAGGUGUGAGGUGUGUGGGUACAGGUCAGCUUACAAGUCACACAUGAGAACCCAUAUUAUAAUCUAGAAUGACCCAACAUGUGUAAUCAACGUGACAGAUAUAAGAUAGUCUUUUUCGGCCAUCUCACACAUAAAACUUGAGAAAACAAGUGUGACUAGUGUCACUACUCUGCGUUGCGGACCUAUAUGUGACUGAAAUUUUGAUCUGAGACAUCUGCAAAAACUGAUGCCGAACCAGGUUUGCAGAGAGCCUGGAUACAGGAUAAGUGACAGUUUGACCCUGUGCGCCUAUCUCGGAAAUCAAGUGUGCUUCCUACCUGACUAUUGUAAGACUCUCACCCUGAGAGAAGCCAUGUGGAACUGUUAGGUAAUCGUGCAUGUAAAACUUGGCUUGAUUAUUACUGUAUUCAUGUUUAUGAUUUGAAUAUCCACCGUUUAAGAUAGACUUUUAGAAUGACUUGAUAGAUACUCAUAGGAUAAGUUGAAAGCUUGCUGUUUUUUUUUCUCUUUAAAUGGGCAAGUGUUUUUUUAUACUUUGUUAUACAUCUAACAUUUCUACCGUUAUGAAUUCAUAUUUUGUCAUCUUGAAUAUAUUCUAGAUCGGACAUGUCUAAUCUGUGGUGAAUGCCAGCAAAGAAAUAAAAGGCACCAGACAAAAGAAACUUGUUUACGAUAGUAUUGUAGAAUGACUUGAUAGAUACUCAUAGGAUAAGUUGAUGGAUGUUUUCAACUAGGCAAGUGUUUGUUCAAGCAAGUUAAGGCAUAAAAUUGGUUUUUGUUACUUUGUUGUAUAUCUAACAAUUGUACGGUUAGGAAAAUGAUGUUUUCGCUACUUACUUUGAAUAUGUUCUGUUUUGGAAAUGUCUACAUGUAGUGAAUCUUAGCAAAAGAAAAUAAACCGCUUUUCAACUUC